UGCCAGUUUUCUUAUAGAAUCUUUAGAACUGUUCAUCUGACUUUGAUAUUAAUUUUUAAGUGGUUUAUUAACACAGCAGUUUCUGCAUCACUGAUCAUGCGUUUGGGUCUUCGCUCGUUUGACUGAACUCUGAAGGCCCAUGAGUUAAUUAGUCAGAGAAGGUCAUUAUUGACACCUCAUGACAGGGUUUCCCAUAUAAACCUCCUUUACAAUGUGGACUGUCAAUUUAAGAGCCUCAUCAACCACCGUGGCAACAAAUCCGGACCCCUAAAAGACUGCAACAUGUCCUCACGGCCAAUCAGAAUCACCUCUGCAGAGCAAACUAUCACCUUCAAUGCGGGGGGUCACGACCCCAGAAAAUCCAGCACAGUUCUGGACCUGGUGAGCGGCUGCCGUGACCAGAUCUCCAACACUGAUGCUGACCGUCCUUCAUCCAAAUCCUGGGAAGCAAGACAGCUUCCCAUAGUCCAUUUGCCCACAAAGACCAGCGAGGACAGACGUGGAAAAAUGUCUUCACUCUUCAUUAACCUACUGAGGAUUCCUCUCCUCUUGCUCUUGCUCUAUGGGUUUGUGUGUUCACUGGACAUCCUAAGCUCUGCUUUUCAACUGGCAGGAGGCAAAGUGGCUGGAGACAUUUUCCAGGACAAUGCCAUCCUAUCCAACCCCGUAGCAGGACUCAUGGUGGGGAUUCUGGUCACGGUUCUGGUCCAGAGCUCCAGUACUUCCACAUCCAUUAUAGUCAGUCUGGUCUCAUCUGGAUUGCUUGAAGUGAAGUCUGCCGUCCCCAUCAUCAUGGGCUCCAACAUUGGCACGUCUGUCACCAACACCAUCGUUGCCCUGAUGCAAGCAGGAGAGAGGAACGAGUUUAAACGGGCGUUUGCUGGGGCGACGAUCCAUGACUGUUUUAACUGGCUGUCGGUGCUGGUUUUGCUGCCGGUGGAGGUGGCAUCUGGUCUGGUGAGUUACCUGGCCAGAGUUACUGUCAGCAGCUUUCAGCUGCACAGUGGAGAAGAAGCGCCUGAACUACUGAAGAAGCUCACCGAACCCUUCACCAAACUCAUCAUACAGCUGGAUAAAUCAGUAAUAACAGGGAUCGCUCUGGGCGACGAGUCCAUGAGGAAUCACAGCCUUGUGAAAGUCUGGUGCAAGUACAGCAGCUUUGUGUCCUCAGUGAAUGUGACAGCAGCUGCCGCCCAGAACUGCUCCACUGAACUGCAUUGUGGGAAGGAUAGUGAUCUCACCUGGAUCACACAGAAUAUCAGCUUGCAGAUCAACACAGAGAAAUGCCGGCAUCUGUUUGUGGACUCAGGAUUGUCGGACCUGGUGGUGGGGCUCAUUCUGUUAGCCAGCUCUCUGAUGGUGCUGUGCACGUGCCUGCUGCUGAUCGUCAAAGUGCUGAACUCUCUCCUAAAAGGUCAAGUUGCAAAGGUCAUCGAAGAGGUCAUAAACACGGAUUUCCCGUACCCUCUCGGCUGGCUGUCAGGAUAUCUGGCCAUGUUGAUGGGAGCAGGAAUGACCUUUAUCAUCCAGAGCAGCUCUGUUUUCACCUCGGCUAUGACUCCACUCAUAGGCAUUGGCGUGAUCAGUCUCAAUAGAGCGUAUCCUUUGACCUUGGGUUCCAACAUUGGUACGACCACCACAGCCAUCCUCGCAGCCCUCGCCAGCCCCAGAGAGAAGCUUCCUGCUGCAUGCCAGAUUGCCUUGUGCCAUUUUUACUUCAAUAUUUUUGGGAUUUUACUGUGGUAUCCGGUCCCGUUCACUCGUCUGCCCAUCCGUAUGGCAUCUGCUCUGGGCGAACGCACUGCCAAGUACCGCUGGUUUGCUGUGCUCUACCUUCUUGUGUGUUUUCUGCUGCUGCCUUGCCUUGUGUUCGGCUUCUCUCUGGCCGGAUGGCAGGCCAUGGUCGGCGUGGGUGCACCGUUCGCCGCGCUCACCAUCUUCGUCCUCCUGGUCAACCUGAUGCAGUCCCACAGUCCCACACACCUGCCGAAGACACUGCGCAGCUGGGACUUUCUCCCGCAGUGGAUGCACUCUCUCAAACCACUCGACAAGCUCAUUACCAAAACAACGGUGCUGUGCUGCAGCCCGGCUCGACUUAAUGACCCAGAUGUGCUUGUAGUGACUCCAGACACAACAAACAUCAACCCAGAGUCAAAGAAACAAACCGAACAGUGGUAUGACAACCCUGCCCUGUCCCUACCUGAGGAGAUUUCCUCAGAGCCCAGAGUGUUUAGACUUAAAGGACUAGAAAGAUGCAACAGCACGCCAUUGUAGAUUUGUAGUCUUUCCAAAAUAAACCAUUAUGGUCUAAAUGGCCAGUCUCAGAUGUAUUAUCUAUUCUAAAACUUAGUGAGCCGCCUAUGUAGACAGCAUAUGCAUUAAUGUACCACCUUGUUUUGGCUCAAUUCUGAGACAGCAUCCGCAUUCAUGUAGAAGCUAAUCUCACAAUGCACUUCAACAAGCUCAAUAAGAACAAAUCUAUUCAAGACGGCAGACAGAUGUAAUUAAAAAUUGACUACUUUAUCUGGUUUUUGUGUGUACUACAUAUUUUUAUGCUUAGAGUUUACAGUGCAUUCAGAAAGUAUUCAGACCCCCCUUCACUUUUUUUUUUUUUUGAAAUUUUAUGCUGCAGCCUGACACUACAGUUGUUUAAAUAAUUUUUUUUUUCUCAUUGAUCUAUACGCCGUACCUCAAUGACAAAGUGAAAACAGAAUUUUAGAAAUGUAAAUUAAAAAAAAUAAAAAUAAAAAUUACAUAAGUACUCAGUACUUAGUUGAAGCACCUUUGGCAGCAAUUACAGCUGAGUGUUUUUGGGUAUGACGAAACAAGCUUUACACACCUGGAUUGAUCAAAAAAAAAAAAAAAAAAUCCCAGAUCAGUGCAGUGUUGCAGUGAGGUUUGUCCUUCUGUAGGUUUCUCCCAUCUGCACAUAUGAUCAUGGAGCUCAACUAGAGUGACCAUCAGGUUCUUGGUCACCAGUCUAGACAAGGCCCUUC